CUUCAGUCAGUCGAAGAGGAGGGGAGCGGACGGAGCGGAGCGGCGCACCGGGACCCGGGAUUUGUACAACACAUACACACAACCACUAGACCACAAUAGGCAGGAGCAGGGUAGAAUGAUGCUGUGAGGGCUGCGGGCUGACCGGGACCUGUUCCCCGCAAAAACAAUCAUUGCAUGGUUUGUUUAUUUACCGCAUUUACAAGCGUCUUUCCCACAACAUGGAGACUAAAUGUUGCUGGUUGCUACUGGCUGCGCACUUCAUCAUGAUCUGCCAACAAGCUGAAGGUUAUGCGUACAGGAAUCAACGCAAGUUCUCGGAAGACAUUGACUGGUCCUAUGCAGGAACCUUAAACCAAAACAACUGGGCCAAGAAGUUUCCAUCCUGCAGCAAUGCCAAACAGUCACCCAUUAACAUCGAGGAGAACCUGGCCCAGGUGAAGCUACAGUACCAGAAACUGAGGUUUGAUGGCUGGCAGAGUCUGACGAAUGACAGCACGACCAUCAAGAACGAUGGCAAGACGGUGGCGGUCGAUGUGGAUGGAGACUUCUACGUCAGUGGAGGGGGUCUCAGGUCAAAGUUCAAGGUAGGGCGCAUCACCUUCCACUGGGGACGCUGCAACGCCUCUUCAGAGGGCUCAGAACAUAGUCUGGAUGGAGUAAAGUACCCUUUAGAGAUGCAGAUCUACUGUUAUGAAGCACAUCGCUUUGACUCUUUAGAUGAAACCAUCAAGGCCAGAGGCAGAAUCACAGCACUUGCUGUGCUCUUUGAGACAAGCACUGAAGACAACAUGAACUUUGCUGCUAUCACAGAUGGCAUCAACAGUGUGAGCCGAUAUGGAAAAAGUUCAAAGGUUUUACCCUUUACCCUGCGAGGUCUCCUGCCAAACUCCACUGACAAAUACUUCAUCUACAAUGGAUCCCUGACUACCCCACCCUGCAGUGAGACCGUUGAGUGGAUCGUCUUCAAGAACACUGUGACUAUCUCUGAUGAACAGUUGGAGAUGUUCUGUGAAGUGAUGACUAUGCAGCAGGCCGGAUAUGUGAUGCUGAUGGACUAUCUGCAGAACAACUACAGGGAGCAGCAGGAGCUGUUCAUGGGUCAGGUGUUCUCCUCCUACACCGGCACAGAAGAAGUCCUCACACCUGUCUGCAGUUCAGAGCCAGAGAACAUCCAGGCGGCGCCCUACAACCUCAGCAGUCUCCUGGUGACGUGGGAGCGGCCACGAGCCGUGUACGACUCCAGCAUCGAGAAGUACUCUGUGACCUACCGAGUCGCCAACACUGAGACCUCCGUCCCCACUGAAUACCUGACAGAUGGUGACCAGGAUGUGGGAGCAAUACUCGAUGACCUGUCGGCCAACACCAGCUACGUGGUCCAAGUGGUAGCGGUCUGCAACAAUGGAGUGUUCGGACGCAUGAGCGACACGCUGACAGUUGUCAUGCCCGUGGACGACCCUGAAAAUGCACUGGAUCCAGAUUCCAAUGAAUUUGAUGAUGAGGGCAACUAUCAGCCUGAUCUGUCUUGGAAUGAACCAGACCCAGCUGAGGAUUAUGAUCUGGAUCAGCGUGUUGUAAACACACCGGGAGCCACACGGCCAUCAGAGUUCACGCUGCCACCAGAAACGAGAGGAAGCGCUGACUUCAGUGGCAAUGCUCCCAGUUUUCCCACCACAACAGCCAAGGAACCCCUUUUUUCUACCUCCAGUGCUCCUUUUUACUCGAGUGAAAAGACAGAUGGUGCCCCCCCUGUCAAAUCCACCCAGCCUGGUCCUGUCUUUAGCCAGUCUGAAGAAAUCCUCAGUACCACCUCACAGCCACCAGAAUCCACUGUGUCACCAGAACCCGGAGAAAAUAUUGACUUAAGUGGCAACGUUGCCUUUGAUUCCACCACUACAACCAAGGAGCUCUUUAUUUCGAGUUCCACUACUCCAUCACACAAGAUAUAUGCUGCUCAUGGAGACACAAGCUCAAACGACUCCUCUGAAACAACAGGUGAUGUAAGUAUCACAACUCCUCUAACCACCAAGGCAACGUCAAUAGCGGGUAAAGGUGUUUUUACAUACAGGAGCACCACAACCUCAGUAGCACCUCAUCCUGGUGACAUGAAUAGCACAACAUCAUCAUCAUCCUUCAUCCAGACUGAGACAGACCAAGAUUUGAGGCGUCCCAUAAAUGAGAACACAACCACCGAAAGGAAUAUUUCUACUGUGCCAAACAUCGAGGCAGGAACCUCAACAGCCCAACUGCCCUCCUCAGCUGAAGCUGAUCUACAGAGCUCCACUAGUCCCAGCUCGACUUUUUUAUCUACUAUGACCUCUGUCCAGUUGAGUGGCGUUCUCUUGCAGACCACACAGCCACAGUUGAAUGGUGAGCAUGCCUCUGUCUCCCCCUCCUCUUCCUCCCCUCCUGUCGCCUCCUCCCCUCUGUGUGACACAACGGAUCCUGGCACCCACUCCACCUGCUUGCAUGACCCUCCCUCGUCAUGGCCUGUGUUGUCUGCCUCUGCGUCGGACUCUCAGCAUGUCGCUACCGCACCAAUGUCUAGCAAAGACCCAGCUUCUCCUUCAAUCCCCACGCUCCCUGCCUCCGCCCUGCCCCACUUCCCCCACCCCUCACUCUCCAUGUCUGGUGAGCAGACUGAACCUAUCUUCUCUAGUGAUGGGUUUGAAAUUGAUAGUGGUGGUGAUUUGUUUUCUGGGUCUACAGGUGAUUUCUCAUUAUUUACCGAUACCCCCACUCCCCAAAUGUUGCUCGACCUGUCUGGCACCACAGUGAACGACAGGGUCUCUGAGUCCUCUUGGGACCCGUCCCUCUCAAGAGUCUCCCUGUCUCUCAGCCCCACACUUCAGCCUUCUGUUGUUCUUUCUAGUGACUUCCACCUUUCUGGUGCUACCCCAGGCUUAUCCAAAUCUUUCUCGGUUGAGUUCAAGGACUCAAGGUAUGCAAAAGGUAGCACAAUAGAGUCUUUUCUCCCUGAAGCCAAUGGUGAUAUGUUUCCAUUAACUAGCGAUGUGGACUCAAUGUGCGGCUGUACUCUGGAGCCCUCAUCAUCCGCGUCGUGGUUGCAUGCCUCUCCUCAUGUACCCUUGUCCUCGGCCUUGGAUCCAACUCGUUUAGACCUUCACUCUAGCGUGGACUUCCUUUCAGCCUCUGGUGUUAGUACAGAUGACCUUUUACACUCUCUAUCUGUGGUGGGCUCCGAUGGUCUGUCAUUAGACCAGCCUCUAUUCUCCCAUAGUGCUAUAUCUCCCUCAUCCUCUCCACACUCCUGGCUUCUCCAAGCCACCCAUAGUGACCUGCCCAUUUCUGUUGCACCCACAGCAUCUGCUGUCACGGAUUCCUGGUUCUCAGCGUCAGGCAGAGACUCCACCCUCCAAACCUCUGCCCUUCCUCCCUCUCCUGCAUCCUCCUCCUUCACACCCACCCCAGAUGGACAGGUGCUAGAUACUAGCAGCAGUGCAUCCGGUUCUGCUCUGUUCCCUGACUCUCAAGAGAGUGUAGAUCAGGAGUGGGACAGGGUUCAAAACUCUGCCUCUGGGGAGAGUGUGCUCCCUUAUUCAACAGAAGUCAUUAGUACUGCCCCCUCAUCUACAGCCUCCGAGUCUGGCCAGAAUCCAGAUGAUCUGGAUGAACUCUCCUCAGCAUUUUAUUUUGAAAGUGGGAGUGGCAGUGCCAUGACCACUGAGGUAGGAGGCACAGCAGCUCCAGCCAUGUCAGCGGUAACCUCGACUUCACCCUGGUCACUGGGCGGGGAGGAGGAGAGUGGCUCAGGGCAGAGUGAAAGCCUCUAUGACAACGAGGCAUCUUCUGACUUCAGUAUCUCAGAGCGCACAGAAAGGGAGUCGGAGGAAGAAGCGCCAGUCGAAGAUGCCAGUAACAGCAGCCACGAGUCGAGGGUUGGCUCAGUCAGAGACAAAGAGAAGAAGGCCGUGAUUCCUCUGGCUGUCAUCUCCACCCUUACUGUCCUUGGGCUGAUUGUCCUCAUUGGUAUUCUCGUCUACUGGAGGAUGUGCUUUCAGACGGCUCACUUCUACAUCGACCACAGCUCAUCGCCCAGAGUCAUCGCUGCGACAUCCACUGCUGCGUUAACAUCCGACGAACAAACAGCUUUUCCAGUAAAGGACUUUGUCAAACAUGUUGCUGAACUUCAUGACAAUCAAGGCUUUCAACGAGAGUUUGAGGUACUGAAGGAGAGUUAUGAGGAGGUGCAGGUGUGCACUGUGGACAUGGGGAUGACCACUGACAGCUCCAACCAUCCUGACAACAAGACUAAGAACAGAUACAGCAACAUCUUGGCCUACGACCACAGCCGGGUGCGGCUUUCGGUGCAGGCUGAUAAAGAUGGGAAGACGACAGAUUACAUCAAUGCAAACUAUGUGGAUGGUUUCAAGAAGCCACGGUUGUACAUCGCCGCUCAGGGUCCACUGAGGUCGAGCACUGAGGACUUCUGGAAGAUGAUCUGGGAGCAGAAUGUCGGCAUCAUCAUCAUGAUCACCAACCUGGUGGAGAAAGGACGAAGGAAGUGUGAUCAGUACUGGCCAGUGGAGGUGCAGGAGGAGUACGGCAGCUUCCUGGUGACAGUCAAAAGCACCCAAGUCCUGGCCUACUACACCCAGAGGACUUUCACAAUUAGGAACACCCACACCAAAAAGGGCUCCCAGAAGGGGCGGAGCAAUGAGCGGACAGUGACACAGUACCAUUACACCCAGUGGCCUGACAUGGGCGUCCCAGAGUUUGCUCUGCCACUGCUCAGUUUCGUCCGUAAGUCGUCCAGGGCUAGGACAAACGACAUGGGGCCAAUGGUGGUUCACUGCAGUGCUGGUGUCGGUCGGACAGGCACCUACAUCGUCCUGGACAGCAUGCUGAAGCAGAUGAAAGAAGAAGGCACUGUCAACAUCACAGACUUCCUUAAACACAUCCGCACGCAGAGAAAUUACCUGGUUCAAACAGAGGAGCAGUAUGUUUUUAUCCAUGAUGCCUUGGUGGAAGCCAUCUUGUCCGGUGAGACGGAGGUGGCAGCGGCUCAGCUACACAGGUAUGUGGAUGAGCUGCUGACCCCAGGGCCUGCUGGGAGGACGCGCCUGGAAAGGCAGUUCAAGCAGGUUUGUCACUCUGGAGUGAAGCAGUGUGACUACUCUACAGCUCUGCAGGACUGCAACCGUAACAAGAACAGAAGCUCUUCUGUGAUACCUGUUGAGAAAUCCAGAGUGCGUCUGUGUACAACAGCAGGGGAAACGUCGGACUACAUCAAUGCAUCAUACGUCACUGGUUACAGGCAUAGCACAGAGUUCAUCAUUACCCAGAAUCCUUUGCCUGGCACCAUAAAGGACUUCUGGAGGAUGAUAUGGGACCACAACGUCCAGGUCGUUGUGUCACUGCCUGGGGCAGAGGAGGAGACGGAAUUGUGUGUCUUCUGGCCCCGCAAAGGGCAACCAACCAGCUACGAGAUGUUCACUGUCACUCAGAAAAGUGAGACUAACAUCUGUCUGUCCAACGAGGACAGGGUGGUGGUCCAGGAAUAUGUACUGGAAGCUACACAGGACGACUAUGUCCUGGAAGUGAGACACUACCGCGCCCCAUGCUGGCCAAACCCAGACAGUCCCAUCAGCAACACCUUCGAGUUCAUCAGUCUGGUAAAAGAAGAAAGUGCCACCAAGGACGGCCCCACUGUUGUCCACGAUGAUGUGGGUGGAGUCACAGCAGGAAUGUUCUGUGCUCUGUCAUCUCUGACUCGCCAGCUGGACGCUGAAGGCUCAGUUGAUGUCUUCCAAGUAGCCAAGCUGACAAACCUCAUGAGACCCGGAAUCUUCAGCGACAUUGAGCAGUACCAGUUCCUGUACAAAGCCAUGCUGAGUCUCAUUGGGACACAAGAAGACGAGAAAAACCUCCAGUCCUCUGACAACAACGGGACCAUCGUGGUGGGAACUGCCAGCACUGCAGAGAGCCUUGAAUCCCUUGUGUAACUGCCCAAAAAUCCACAAAGAACUAUUGACUUCUACAUUGAUCAGCACUUCUUCUUCAACCACGAAUAGAAUCCCUUCUGAUGCCUGACUCGCACUUCAACCAGUAAAAAAAAUCAGGCAUGUUGUGAGUUAAGACUGGCAUUUUCUGAACGAAUUUGGACCCUUUACAGUUUUGUAAUGUGUGCCUUUUUGUAUUCUUCAUCCUGUACUUCUAACUUUGAUACAAGCUGUAGACUAACUGUCCGAUGUUGUAACAGUGUACUGCCCUAAGACGUUUCAUUCAACUUACUUUUCCUAAACCUUUGUAUUUAUUGGCACCGAGCCAAAUGGAGAAAAAGGGAAAAGCUGCAUCUUUUUAAAUCAAAUGAUAUUUUGUUAGCUUGUCUUUUAUAGAGCUCCUGCACUGAACUCUUCUCUGUAAAUACCAUUGCAACAGUAGCAGCAGUGUGCUAAUGAUGUCAAAUAUAAAAUAAGGGCCUGGAGUAAUGAAAUAAUGAUAAUAAUCUAAUGUAAAUAAUAUUAUAGUAAUCAUCUUGAUGGACCAAAUUUCUAUUUAUACUUUUAGAUUUUUAUAUUUUACCAUUUUGUAGUGCAUUCAAAUGUCAUGGUUUAAUUCUAAUUGCUUAGCUUGGAACUUUAAUGCUUUUAUACUGUAUUUUGUAACAGACUAAAUGUGAUGCAUGGGAUACUGACAUGUUAGGUCUUUAGCUGGAAACACUGCUGGAUUAUUAGCUAGGGGAUUAAAUAAGUCAAAGAACACCAAA